UACGGCCUUAUUCAGGAGCGCAUACAAGACAGCCUGUACGCACUUGUAGUCCAAGUUAUUCUUUGGAACCAGACGCACGGUACAGCGGCUCGGCCGAUAUUAUUUCAGAUCUUAAUCUUAUAUCCUACACCUUUCCAUCUGUCGCAAGCCAGGCUCGGUGAGCUGACUGAGAUAUUGCAACCUCUCGGGCUGCACAAUGUGCGUGGUAAACGCCUCAUUGCGCUGGCUGAAGCGUGGAUAGCGGCCCCUCCAUGUAAGGAGCGCCGGUAUAGAAGACUACAUUACCCGGAUAAGGGAUGUGGCGUAGACAUCAAGCCAGGGGAGGCACUUAGCUUAGACGACGAAAGAGUAGGAUGGGAGAUUGCGCACCUGCCUGGGAUGGGACCGUAUGCAUUGGAUAGCUAUAGGAUCUUCUAUCGUGACCGAUUGAGGGAGAUUGAAGACGACGAGCCAGAAUGGCAAAGAGUACUGCCGCUAGACAAAGACCUUAAACCGUAUCUGAAGUGGAGAUGGGCUCAAGAUGGGUGGGAUUGGAAUGAGCUGACCGGCAAACGGAGAAAGCUCAAUCCGGGAGAAGUAGAGGCGAUUAAA